AUGUUCCUGGCAGAGUGUGGCGCGUAUGGUGACCUUACAGAGUCUUUCGGCCCUAGGAGAUCUUAUGACCCUGAGGAUUCUGAUUCUGAUUCUGGUACAGAUCAUUACGGGAGCAAUGCUACUGGGAGUGAUGAUGCUGCUGGGAGUGAACUUGACAGAAGCGGUGUCACUGGAAGUGAGUAUGGGUCGCAAGAAGAGAACGAGGAAGGCGAAAUUGAGGAAAGCGAAAACGAAGAACGAACUUGCGCUCUGGUCGAUUGGAUUACAACAUACCCUAAAAGCAUUAGCAGUACUGCCCCACUGAAUCUUGGCAGAGGAGAAGUCGAUGUGUGCUUCUACAUCGAGUGUACAGACAAUAUUGUCAACACGAGCUUCCACUUAGACGUUUGA